AUGGGCCCUGCAGCCACGCCUAGAAUACGUCGAACGGCGCAGAAUACGCAGUUUACGUACAAUCUAUCACGGCGGGUAAACGAUGUCCAGACAUACCCGGUUCAAUCUCCCCAGGGAGCUACCAUAUUAAUCUAUGGGCACGAUAAUGGCGUAACUUUGGUCUGGCGAGGCGGUCGACGGUUUAAAGCUUCCAACGAAGCUCCAAAACAGCCAGCAAACCACAAAGAGCAGAGGAAUGGAGCUUCUGAAGAUUCUGUCAUGAUUAUUGAUUCCGAUGAUGACGAGCCGCCGGCGAAAUCACAAGCUACCCAGGGCUAUGUCGACAAGCCUGAAUUCGAAGACACCGUCGAGAGGAAUCCUUACCCCGAAACUAUUCAGACAUUGGACUUAGCUUUUGGGACGGCUGUGUUGAAAGUUGCGGUAAUGCCGCUAGUACCGUGUUCUUCAGCUGAAACGGCAUCUAACGGCGAGCCAAUCUUGGCCAAAAAGAUGGUAUUUGCGGUUUCCUGCGCCACAAACGAUGCCUAUCUUGUCACCUUGCCCUUGACGCCACCUUCUCCCCAAAGCAAGGCGCGACCAGAGCUCAGAGCAGAUCUCUUGGCUGGGCAAGCUGGAUCUGGAUCCUGGGGUGAGUCGCUGACUCUUCUUAGCGGCCAGACAAAACACAGCGACGGCUUAGCCAUCACUCUGAUUGCCCCAAGGUCUAUUGAAUCAUCAAGCAAGACGCCAAGGGCAGUGGUAGCUGCCUUCUCAAGGCAGGCAUCUGGCGUUCUACAUCUGUGGGAUAUCGCACUUGAAGACAAGAUGCCUUCCAAUCGGCCAGUUGAGCCUUUUCAAAGCGAGUUUCUCCCUACUCCCCUUACGAGCAUCUCGUUCAACCCCACAAAUACUUCACAGCUCCUUGCGGUAUCGUCGCCUCACGCUGUAAGGAUAUACGACUUUGCGCAGCCAUCAUUACCUCCGGAUUUAGAUGCCCGAGGACCAUUCCCGGCUCAAGGCUCGUGGCUACUCUCAUUAUAUCAACCAUUUGCCAAAGCAUCUUCCUCACGCAAGCCGAUCUUGGAUGCCGCAUGGAUAGCUCAUGGCCGGGCAGUCUUCGCUUUAUUAGCAGAUGGCAUGUGGGGCAUCUGGGACAUUGAAGGCGCGAAGCCGCUGCAAUCGGGAGCCGCUAUAUCGAGUAAAUUGAAAUCGGGCGUUCAGGGGGCUGCCUUGACUGCCUUUAGUGUCUCCGGAUAUGUUGAGGGAACGGGCGCACUACGCACCAUUGCGACACAGCAGAAAGAUAAGCAUGCUGGUGACUUUGCACCUAUGACGCCUCAUACUCGUAAACAGGCUGCCACAUCUUUGACUGCCGCCACCAGCCUUGAUCGCCUAUUCGCAGUUCGCGGAGGUGUGAAAGUGAUUGGACUUCCUUCAACUCCUGGCAAAGCACUCCAAGACGAAAGCCUGGCUUUAUGGAUAGGGGGCCUGGAACAUGUCUGCGUCAUCCCAGGUGUGUUGAGAUUCUGGGAUUCACAACUACGAAGAGGAUCCGGUGGUGGCGUCAAUCUAUUUAGUGGUGCUCAGCCUACUAGAAUGGUCAAGCUGGUUGAUCUUGCCACUGGUCUUCUAGGAGAAAGAUGCUGUGGAGUUGGUCUGAUUCCAGAUAUUUCCAAGAAUGACGAUGAUAUUCCUGACGAUGGCGGUCUCCCGGUUGACGUACUCAUCCGAGGAGAAUCAAGAAUAGUCAUCGUACGAGAGGGAGAAGACGGCCCAGGAAGAAAGAUUGGCGACGUCGUUGCUAGCCGCAGAAAACGCCUAUUCUCAAGAAAUGAGAAAUCGGAAGCUAUCAUAGUUCACGGCAAGCAGGACAGAUCAGCAAGCUUGUCGUUCAACUUGAGUACUGUUAAACCCGGAACUCUAAGACAGAAGCAGGUUGCCAGAGGUGAGAAUGAAGGAAACGGAAAUGGAAGCGGAGCGAAUGAUAAAUCAGAUGACGUGCCGACCCCGGUUGCUCGAUCGCGUGCCGGCUUUGGAUUUGCUGAUACCUUAAGCGCAGCGGCAGACGUCACAGCAGAUUUCACUACUCGGAACGUGGAGGCAGAAAUGCUUGACAUCAUGGAGAUCGACCAAGCAUUAAAUAACAUGGAGGAUUAUAGAGGCAGUGGGAGGAAGAAGGUGUUCUUUGAGGAAGACUGA